CCCUCUGGACCUGCGAUCGAGGGAGGAGAAAUGGCCCACCUCUUUCCACGGCUAAUACGGGAAGGGAUGUUGACCCUUCUCAAAGAAGAGAUUGAAAAAGUUCCUGACCUGGACAGAGACGUGAGGCAGAAGCACUGGGAGAAGUCGGGAGACACCUUGCUCCACUUUGCAGCCAGGCACGGCAAGAUGGAUAUCUUGCGUUACCUCAUUGAGAUCCUAGGCAUGAACAUUGAGCUGGUGAACCAGGACUACAAGCGUCCCCUCCACGAAGCCGCCUCCAUGGGCCACCGGGAUUGCGUCUUGUACCUUCUCGAAUGGAGAGCCACUGUGGACUGCUUGAAAAAAGCGGACUGGACUCCUCUUAUGAUGGCUUGUACGAGGAGGAACUUGGAGAUCAUCGGAGAUCUUGUCCACCACGGAGCCAACCCGCAGCUAAAGAACAAGGACGGUUGGAAUUGUUUCCACAUCGCCAGCCGCGAAGGGGAUCCACGGGUCAUCCAAUACUUGCUGGAUGCUUUUCCGGACAUUUGGGAUACAGAAAGCCGGAUCGGAAGGACCCCCCUCCACACAGCAGCAAUGCACGGGCGCCUGGAAAUUGUGAAAAUCCUUCUCGAAAGGUGCCGCUACAUGCCAGACGUUCGGGACCACUGCGGGAUCACCCCUUUUGUGGACGCUAUACAAAACGGCCACUUGGACGUUGGCCAGGUGCUUCUAGAGAGACACCAGGCUGAUUGUAAGAUCCGAGAUGCUCUCGGCAACCAGCCAUUGCACCGAGCUGCAAUCACAGGACAGGGGGAGGCGCUACGGUUCCUGGUGUCCGAUCUUGAGGUCGAUGUCGAUGAAAGGGCCACGGACCUCGAUCUCACGGCCCUGCAUUAUGCGGCAAAGGAAGGGCACAAGGGUACGAUCCAAUGUCUGCUUUCCUUGGGGGCGUCCUUGCAUGUGAAGGAUAAGAAGCAUCGAACUGCGCUGCACAUGGCUUCUGCGAGACAACAUGCACCCUGCGUGCGUUUCCUCCUGCAGGCAGGUUUAAAGGAUUCUCCAGACGACACCGGGAUGUACGCCAGGCAGCUGGCGAAGAAACCUGACGUUCUCCAGCUCUUUGAGGAGAACAGACUUGGUGGGAAGGAGCAUUAA